CAUAACACAACGACAACGACAACUACUUUGCAGUUAUUGAGACGGUGCAUGCUUUAGCACAUUGGCAUGCCCGCAUAGUCUGCAAUUUAGAUAAUGGCUUCACCCUCUCUAGCAUCCGCAUAUAACAGCGGCCCAUAUCAACAACGGCCCAUUUCCCGAUCUACUUCCCGACGAGGUUCCCCUGCAUUAAACAAUUCGAGCGCAGGGAAAUCGGAAUUCUCCAUUUCUAAAUCAUACCAGAUCGCCGACAGCUCGGAUGACGAGGUUCCAGAACCCAAGUUCAGUGCCUCUGUGAAAGCACUUUUAGGUGAGGCGGAUUUGGCUUCUUCUCCGCGCCUUCAUAAUGGCAGCCGGGGUAGCAACGAGCACAUUUUUUCCACAUCCCCCAAGCAGGGGAAAACAUUUCGAACUUCUUCGCCACAUGACCACUCUACCGGAAGUCCUGCGCCGAGAGUCGUUCGCAUAUCGAGCUCCACGAACUCAACAUCCAGGAGACAUGCUUCUCCUCUUUCCAAUGGUGAGCAUGUAAAUGAUUUAAUCACCCCGGCCCCCAGGCCACGCAGCAUCCGCAUCAGCACAUCUCGCAGCCACUCACGAUCUCCCGGUUCCAUGUCACCCUCCCAGAAAUGGUCAUUGGACCGCAAUUCAAUUGGUGAACAUGGAAGUGGGGACCGCUCCGAUUAUGACCAGGUUCCGCGCAUGGGUACUUCAUCCGUGCUUCGCGUACGGAAUGGGGAUGAGUUUGGAGCUCAAAGCUCGUUGCGUGUAAAGAGAGUCGGGAGACUGACCGGCACAUUUCUUAAUGGACCCGCUCGAAGAGGCGUGUUACGGCGACAGAGCGAAGACGAGAUCGACCCCAUGUCCAAUCCAACUCUCCCUUCCACUGAUGGUGCCAAAGAAGCGGCUGCGGACUACGAUCGUGGUGAUUCUGACUCCCUCCCGAGGGAUACCGGGAGAACAUCUCCCACACCCAGGGUGUCAUGGGCGGAUCGAGGCCCUUCUGAUCCACCCGAUCAACCGCGGUCCUUCAACCACAGGGAUAUUGCUCCAGCUGAGGGGUUAUAUUCGAGAUCAUCUUCCCCCAAAUCCCACGGCUCUUAUUCCAAGUCUACACCUGGGUCCUUGUCGGAGAGUUCAUCCAAAUCGUCUGCCGCUAGGGAAGCUCCCGUAUUCAAAGUUCCCUCAGUGCCCACUCUUUCUGCGACUCGAGAUCAAGAGAACGAGCCACCCCCGACUUUCAAACGGGUGAAGUCCAGGGGGUUCAAUUUCCUGGACAAACCCGAGAAGUUCUCGGUUGUGUACGGAGAGGAGAAGAAGAACAAUGCUCCAAAUCCCGUUGAGAGUUCGCCAAGGAGGAUCCUGGCAACAAAGAGCAACAAUACCCCUCACAGACCGGCGCCGCCACCGCCCAAGAUGUCGGUUCUGGAAACCGCUACGGCCACCGGAGGAGCGGCCACGGCGUCCCAUUCCCGAAAGAAGCGUAGCCAGGUGUCUGUGAACCACAAACCAUUUACACGACUGGAUUGUAUAGGUCGUGGUGGGAGCUCAAGGGUCUACCGAGUGAUGGCUGAAAAUUACAAGAUAUUCGCACUGAAGAGGGUCAAUCUCGAGGAUGUAGACCCAUUAACCCUGGCUGGCUACAAGGGGGAGAUCGAUUUGCUAAAGAAACUGGAGAACAUCGACAGGGUCGUACGCCUCUUCGACUGGGAACUUAAUCACGAUAAGCAUACACUCAGCGUCCUCAUGGAAAUCGGAGAAUCGGACCUGGAGAAGAUCCUGACCUAUCGUUUGAACUGUGAAGAUGCCGUCUUGGACCUAAGCUUUACGCGUUAUUACUGGAAAGAGAUGCUACAGUGUGUCCAGGCUGUGCAUGACUUUAAUAUUGUACAUUCCGACCUGAAACCGGCGAAUUUCCUUCUUGUCCAGGGCAGACUAAAAUUGAUCGACUUUGGCAUCGCCAAUGCUAUUCAGGAUAACACCGUCAACGUACAUCGCGAACAGCAAGUUGGAACACCGAACUACAUGUCACCAGAGGCAUUAAUAGACUCUAACGCCUCACUCGGCCUACCAGCCAGUGUUGGAAAAAUGAUGAAACUCGGCAAACCGAGUGACGUAUGGAGUCUUGGCUGUAUACUUUAUAAGAUGGUAUACGGACAGCCACCUUUUGCGAAGAUCCCGAAAUACUACGAACGUAUCAUGGCGAUCCCGAACCCUAGGGUUCCCAUUGAUUUCCCUCCCUUCGGUAUUGGCGGGGUCCCAGUGCCACCGGGCCUUCUUCGGACCCUGAAGCGUUGUUUACAGCGUGACCAGACCCUUCGACCCACCGUGGAAGAACUUUUGGGUCAACGGGAUCCAUUCUUGUAUCCCGAGACGCAGCUCGAAGGAGCGGUCCCUGUCACCCAAGAGAUGCUCAGCAGAAUUUUGGUUAAUGUAGUCAAUCACUGCCGGAUUCGGGGCAUUCCCAAAGAGGAAGAGCUCGCAGCAUGGCCGGCAGGGGGCUCCUGA